GUUGUCGGCAGUCGAGCUCGUGGAUCUUGUCAGUGCGGUUGUACGUGCGGCCGUGCCUGUACAAGAGUCGGUUUGUUGUAUUGGUGUGCCUAUCCCUCGUUCACACUGUGGAGAAAAGUGACCACGCGAUCGGUGAGAAGGAAAAAAGCGAAAAGCGGCCUUCGGAAAAGGGAAAAAAUUAUCGAUUUAGUGGAAAGUGCUUCAAGAAAGUUUACGUAGUAAGCAGAGAACUCGGAUUUCCCUAAUUUACAGCUGUCCGCCAGUGGAAGUAUUGUUGCUUACUCCUUAAGGUGUGAUUUUCCGAUAUGGGAUUCCAUUCGUGGGUGUAAUCUCUGUUAGUGUGGUCUCUUUUUGAAUAGUUAAUUUUUCGCCAAAGGGGCUAAGGGGAAAGUGCCAGUGCUGAGCGCUAGCCUCUUUGAUUAGCGGUGUUUACUUGCUUGUGUCUUUUUUGGAUGUGUUCGGGAGUCAUCCGAGGCCAUCAGCGGUUAGUGGUGUGGUGUUAAACAUAAUAAAUAAUAUUAAAACGCCAAGUUCAUUGCUGUGUACCGUAAUCAAAAGAAAAUUGAGCGAAUUUCAUUGUGAUACCACCAAGUUCCCGGCAUCAAGUGUACGAUGGAGCUACUACAUACCAUCACGGAUACGUUUUGGUCGACCAAAAUUUGGUUGCCCCCGAAUAUCACCUGGGAGGACAUCCGACCGGGAGUGCGGCCGGAUGUGAAUCAUGCCGACUAUCGGCAUCUCGUGUAUCCCCUUCCACUGGCAGCAAUCAUCUUUGUGAUAAGGAUUUUCGUUGAGCGAUACUGGAUUGGCCCAAUUGGCAAAGCCAUCGGAAUCAAAAGCACAGGUCCCAAACCUCCCAUACCAAAUAUAGAGCUGGAAUCAGCGUACAUUGCCAGCAGUCGACUGAACCACAGAACUCUUGGGAAACUCACCAAGCAGACCGACCUAAGCGAGCGACAGAUCGAACGGUGGUGGCGUCGGCGGAGAGCCCAGGACAAACCGACCACGCUGGUGAAAUUCUGCGAAAACUCGUGGCGAUGCAUCUACUAUACGUACAGUUUCAUCUUCGGAUGCAUCGUGAUGUGGGACAAACCGUGGCUGUGGGACAUCAAGCAGUGCUGGUACGGUUACCCGCACCAAUCGGUCACCAACGACAUCUGGUGGUACUACAUGAUCUCGAUGGCCUUCUACUGGUCGCUAACCGCAUCGCAGUUUGUCGACAUCAAGCGGAAGGACUUCUGGCAGAUGUUUGUCCAUCACAUGAUCACCAUCGUACUGAUAGCUCUGAGCUGGGUGUGCAAUCUGCACCGGGUUGGUUCGCUGGUGCUCUUGGUGCACGAUUGCGCUGAUAUUUUCUUGGAGGCCGCCAAGAUUACAAAAUACGCACAGUACCAGAAGGUUUGCGAUACCAUCUUUGCCGUCUUCACGGUGGUGUGGAUCGUCACUCGGCUGAUGCUCUACCCGCGAAUCAUCUACAGCUCCUCGGUGGAAGCACCCAGUAUAUUGCCAAUGUUCCCGGCAUACUACAUCUUCAACACCCUGCUGAUUCUGCUGCUAGUGCUGCACAUCGGCUGGACCUAUCUAAUCAUUCAGAUCGCCGUGAAGGCAAUCAAAUCGGGACAGAUGGAAGGUGACGUACGUUCGAGUUCUAGUGACGAACUUUCUGACAGUUCAGAAAAUGCCCGUCCCGUCGUGGCCAACGGCACGCCAAAGAAGCAACAUCGGCCUUCUCCUAGCAAAGCGGCCGGCUCGAACCCGUCGUCACCGAAGAAGUAAGCAAACACUAUCACACAUCCUUACCAACCUUGGCAACGGCUAAUUUUAACACUGCAGCUGUGCUAUCUUCACGUUUUACGGUUUACCUAAAUUAAAGAAAAUAAAAUAAACUAAAAAGCGAAGAAACGCGUGUUUGUGUUGUGGUGCGUGGUGCAGAUCUCUAGUUAAAAGCAAGUGUUUUACGGGAACUAGCUAAAUAGUUGGAAAAGAAAAAGUAAUUUGUUGAUGAUCGAAACUAUAAACAAAGCAACUAGAGAAUUAUUGUGAAUGGCAAGAAUUAAAAUUGAGGAAACUGUUGCAGCAAAAAUGUCUAAAAAAAACUACUGGAGAAAUAUUUUAGAUCCGUCUUUUGCUAUGAUAUAUAUUUAUUAAUUUAGUAAAAGGAAAUAAGAUAUGUAGUGGAACCGAAGAUGGAAGCUAUUUUAUUCGGUAUUAUCCCCCCGUGGGCAUGGAUCACGGCUAAAGCUUAUUCGAGGUAAUCUCUUUAGAUAGAGAAUUAACAAUAACGGAAGAACGAAAGAAAAUAGGAGAGAAAAUAAAGAGUAGCAAACGGAGAAAAGACUUGGUAAGAGUGUCCUAGACUAAUCAACAGAACUACCAUUGUUAUCUUUCACUUUUACAAAACAUUCCCGGUCCCGGAUGUUAGUUUUCAUAAAUGUACAGAUGUAAGCAAAGUUUUUUUUUUUUUUUUUGGGAAUGUAUUACAUUUUCUCGGACUUGUGGAAAAUGUGCUUGCUCCACAGGUUCCACCGCUGUUCAACCGGCAAAAAUACUCUUCGAUCAAAUAUCACGCUUUGGGCUUAGUACUGGCAACGCAGAAUUGAAAUCAAACCCGAAAACGUACCGAACAAUCAGAAAUUUGCUUGUUUUAGAAACAAUAGAUGGCAGUUGAAAGUAUAGCAACAGCGUUUAAAA